GGGAGAGGAGAGGGGGUGGCUUAGAAGCCUGGUGCCGUCAGCUGGGAAAUGAUCUAAGGCAGUAGAGAGCUGCUGCUGGUGACUAAGCACCGGACAGUCCAACCUUGGGCUGACAGCUGAGCGAGAGACGAGCCCGUGUUAGGAGGAGGGGAGCUGCAAUCAAGACAGAGGACCCCCCCUCCCCACUUCGGUAAAAGAGGUGUCUUGUGUCCGCUGAGCCACCGCACGAUGCCAAAAUCAGGAGGCGACUCGAAACCGGAGGAUGUAUCGACUGCUAUACUUCAGCAGAAACAUCGGCCAAACAGACUCAUUGUGGACGAGGCCAUUAAUGAUGAUAGCAGCAUUGUUUCUCUGUCCCAGGUUAAGAUGGAUGAGCUGCAGCUUUUCCGAGGGGACACUGUGUUGCUGAAGGGGAAGAAACGGCGUGAGACAGUCUGCAUUGUUCUGUCGGAUGAGACCUGCGCUGAGGAGCGAAUCCGCAUCAGCAGAGUGACCCGGAAUAACCUGCGGGUUCGUUUGGGUGACGUUGUCAGUAUACAAGCCUGUCCUGAUGUGAAAUACGGAAAGCGAAUUCACGUGUUACCCAUUGACGACACCAUCGAAGGGCUGACUGGGAACCUGUUUGAAGUUUACCUGAAACCCUAUUUCCUGGAAGCUUAUAGACCUGUGCACAAAGGAGAUAUCUUCCUGAUCCGAGGCGGUAUGCGGGCUGUUGAAUUUAAAGUUGUGGAGACUGACCCAACUCCCCACUGCAUUGUGGCCCCCGAUACCAUCCUUCACUGCGAGGGAGAGCCAAUCAAACGAGAGGACGAGGAGGAGAAUCUGAAUGAUGUCGGGUACGAUGACAUCGGGGGGUGCCGCAAGCAGUUGGCACAGAUCAAGGAGAUGGUGGAGCUCCCGCUACGUCACCCAGCCCUUUUCAAAGCCAUCGGAGUGAAGCCUCCUCGUGGGAUCUUGCUGUACGGGCCUCCGGGGACUGGGAAAACGCUGGUGGCCCGGGCUGUGGCCAAUGAAACUGGAGCAUUCUUCUUCCUCAUCAACGGGCCUGAAAUCAUGAGCAAACUAGCCGGCGAGUCGGAGAGUAAUCUGAGGAAGGCCUUUGAGGAAGCUGAGAAGAAUGCCCCAGCGAUAAUCUUCAUCGAUGAGCUGGAUGCAAUCGCUCCAAAGAGAGAGAAGACUCACGGGGAGGUCGAGCGCCGUAUUGUCUCCCAGCUGCUGACCCUGAUGGAUGGACUGAAGCAGCGUUCUCAUGUCAUCGUCAUCGCUGCAACCAACAGGCCCAACAGCAUUGACCCUGCCCUUCGCAGAUUUGGUCGGUUUGAUCGGGAGAUUGAUAUUGGAAUCCCAGAUUCCAUCGGGAGACUGGAGAUCCUGCAAAUCCACACGAAAAACAUGAAGCUGUCUGAUGAUGUGGAUCUCGAGAGGAUUGCCCAUGAUACCCAUGGCCAUGUUGGCGCUGACCUGGCUGCGCUGUGCUCGGAGGCUGCGCUGCAGGCCAUUCGGAAGAAGAUGAGCAUCAUCGACCUGGAGGAUGACACCAUCGAUGCUGACGUCCUUAACUCCAUGGCUGUCACCAUGGACGACUUCCAGUGGGCACUGGGCCAGAGUAACCCCUCCGCUCUCCGUGAGACAGUGGUAGAGGUCCCGACUGUGACCUGGGAGGACAUCGGGGGUCUGGACGAGGUGAAACGGGAGCUACAGGAGCUGGUGCAGUACCCAGUGGAAUACCCGGACAAGUUCCUGAAGUUCGGAAUGACCCCGUCGCGCGGCGUUCUGUUCUACGGGCCCCCCGGGUGUGGCAAGACCCUGUUAGCCAAGGCAAUAGCCUGCGAGUGCCAGGCAAACUUUGUCUCCAUCAAAGGUCCUGAGUUGCUCACCAUGUGGUUCGGUGAGUCGGAGGCUAACGUCAGGGAUGUGUUUGACAAGGCGCGGCAGGCUGCUCCGUGUAUUCUGUUCUUCGAUGAGCUGGACUCCAUCGCCAAGUCCCGAGGAGGAAGUGCCGGUGAUGGUGGGGGAGCAUCAGACAGGGUGAUCAACCAGAUCCUCACCGAGAUGGACGGCAUGUCAGACAAGAAGAACGUCUUCAUCGUGGGGGCCACCAACAGGCCCGACAUCAUUGACCCAGCCAUUCUGAGACCAGGCCGCUUGGACCAACUGAUUUAUAUCCCCCUGCCUGACGAGAAAUCCAGGGCGGCCAUUUUGAAGGCCAACCUGAGGAAAUCGCCCAUCGCCAAGAACGUGGACUUGGCGUAUCUGGCCAAAAUAACGCACGGCUUCUCGGGGGCCGACCUGACGGAGAUCUGCCAGAGGGCCUGCAAGCUUGCCAUCAGAGAGGCCAUCGAGGCGGAGAUUAAACGGGAACAGGAGCACCAAACCAACCCGGACGUAGCCAUGGAAGAUGACUACGAUCCUGUCCCCGAGAUUCGCCGUGACCACUUUGAGGAGGCCAUGAGGUUCGGUCGCCGCUCAGUCAGUGACAACGACAUCAGGAAAUAUGAGAUGUUUGCGCAGACACUGCAACAGAGCCGAGGAUUCGGGAACUUCAGGUUUCCGUCCAGCAAUCCGAGUGGCGGCCAGGGGAGCGGUGACGGAGGGAGUGGAGGGAACUUGUAUCGCGAAGAGGGGGAUGACGAUCUCUACAACUGAGCAGCGGGGUUCAGAGGUCAAAGACUUACGGGGUCACGGUCUUGGGGAAGGCAGCCUUUUGCACACCACCAAGGGAAGACCUGUUAGCUUUCACCCUCGCUGGAAAGUGGCACGCUAUUUGUGGAUUCUGCAUUCACUCCCGCUUUUUUUUUUGAACUCUGACCCCACGUUCCCAAGGCUCGGUUUUGGCAGGCAUGACCCGGUACCCUCUACAGGUACACCAGGAGUAAACACGCCUGUCCAUUGCCAUGGUUACUGUGUGGGCAUUGGGUGCAUGCUUGUGUGGGUUUGUGUAUAUAUAAAGGUACGUGUGUGAGUGCGAGUUCAGCCCUGGACACGAUGACUGCCAUCCAUUCAGAUGCGGGCAAGUAGCUCAGUGUUUCACAGUGUGACUAAACCGAACCAAAGGCCUGGUCCCUGGAGACAGAAAAAGACCUUUCCUGCUUUAUUAGGUAUGAGUCAGAGAGUUAUACACAGAAACAGACCCUUCGAUCCAACGAGUCCACGCCGAACACAAUUCCAAACCUUGUUUUACAGAGUAUGGUAUUCUCGAAAGAAUUUCAAUGGUCAAUAUUGAGGGAAACGUUGUGUGUCUAAUCCCAACAUCUCAUCCAGCUUGAUUUCUGACCAUUUUAGAAUUCAUUUUGGUGGCCAGCCGUGUAUUACAAACUGAAAUAUAUCGUGUGAGACAAGGAAUAGGUUUGGGGUCUGAUAAAAAGGGGUCUCACUCACCAACCUCGCAGAUCUUUUGGGUAAAGAUCAGGCAUAAUCUUUCUGACCUACAUUUUGCUGUCUCCAAUCCCAACUCCAAACCAUUCAGAUUGAAAAUUCUCAUCCUUGUGUUCACAGCCGUUCAUCCCCUUGAGAAGAUCAAUGUCUGUGACUUCCCUCUGCCCUACAAUUGACCCUCUUGCGUUGUGUCACCUUGACAGCCCCCACUGGGCUUGGGAUGUGCUCCUCAGUAGGCCCCAGGCCUCAGUGUCAGUUAGACAUGUCAGCUGGGAGUGUGGCUCACUCUCCAACUCAGAGUGCCCCAGAUUCUUUAGCAAGUUGAGCUUACAGUCCAGGCUGUAGCUGUGAUGGGGACAAGUGUAGGAUCCACGCAACAAAAAUAAGGGUUUAACUUGAACUUUCUCUGGACAUGUUCUUAUUUCAUAUUUCAAAGAGAUGUUGCAAUGAGGCCAUUUGAUUGGGUAAGGGAAUACGUUGAUGAUGAACUGUGCCUUCCUGCUGGAGAUCAUACUGUGGAAGUGGACGUGUAACCGCCAUCUCCAGGCCUGGGUUUAUCACCGUGACUCCAAUCCACCUGGACAAAUAUAUCUCUUUCUGUCCCUCUGUGUUCAUGUCUGUGUGUGUCUGUGUCUCUCUCUCUGUCUGACUGUCUGUCUGUUUCUGUCCCUGUCUCACUCUCCCCUUCUCUUUGGCAUUGUGUAUCUGUCCCUCCCUCUCUCCCAGCCUUCCUUUCCCUCUCUGUCUCUCUCCUCUCUUUCCAUUUCUGCUCCUCUCAGUCAGUGUCACUCUCUCCCCCAUGUACUCUCUCUCUCUGAUGAAAGUUGUCCAAGUAGAGAUUGUUGGUCGAAAGAGUCAGAAUUGUGAUGUCUGACAGUGUGUGGUGCCUGUUUUACCAGAUUGAGAUGGACCUUCCCAUUCUGUCAUCAUCAGACACUUAUAAAAAUCUAGAAGUCACUUCUUGCUCUAACGUGUCAGAGAAAAGGAAAACCUUAUCUGCUGUGAAUUUAAAAUGGACAAUAAAAGGUGCUGAACUUUAA